AUGAACGAUGCAAACCUGACGUGGCACACGGAAAUCCCGGACGUGACCCCAUGCCUCCUGAACACAGCAUUCCUGUGGGUCCCAUGCGGAUGGCUGUGGGUCACGGCAGCGUUAGAGAUCCACUACCUCUUCGCGAGCGUCGGGAAAUACAUCCCAUGGACGAAGUUGAACGCGUCCAAGCUGCUUCUGGCCUCUGGGCUGUUGGUCCUUCAUGCGGCGGAUCUGGUCCGUGCAAUUGCCUCGCAUCGAUCUGCGCCCGUGUUCUACUUCACGCCUGUGAUACUCGUUCUUACCAUGGUGAGAUUCGCUUCUCGAACUCAUUCACCCCAAUCGUGGAUAAAUGCAGGAACUGAGAUGAUAAUCACGGAUUCGAUGUUCCAGGCUCUUGUUUGCUUGUUCACGUACAUGGAGAAGGCGAGAGGAAUUCAUACGUCGGGGAUCUUACUCAUUUUCUGGGCGCUUCUUUUUCUCAGGGGAUCCAUAUCUCUCUGGAGUCAAAUUCUCCACAUGUACCACGAGAAGGGCAGGAGCGGAGUGUCGUUCGCCUUUGUGGCAGCCACGAUAGAAUUUCCUCUCGUAACAGCUGAACUUUUCCUCUGUUGCUUCGCCGAUGCAAGACCAAUAUAUUCGAGGAUCACCGCCAUUUCCGAAGAUAGCCUCUACGGAGGAUGUCACAUCGUCUUCCUUUCCAGACAGAUGAUCUCAUUCGUGAACGGAAACGCUCCUCUGUGGCACGGCUGCUUCUUCGCGCUCGGGUUGCUUUUCGCUUCCACCCUGCAGGCUCUACUCUAUGCGGCGUACUUCCAGAAGUGCAUGGUGAUUGGGGUCCGAGCUGCAGCAGCCGUCAUUGCUGCUAUCUACAAGAAGGUGUCCCUGCGUUUGUCGCCAGCGGCUCGCAGGGAAUCUACUGUCGGGGAGAUGGUGAACUUGAUUUCAGUAGAUGCCAAACGAUUCCAGGAUAUUUCUGUGGACUUGACCUUGUUCUUCACUCUUCCGAUUCAACUUGGAAUUUCAUUCUAUCUUCUCUGGGUUCAACUCGGUCCCUCCCUCUUGGCUGGAAUAGGAGUGAUCGCCGUCGCAAUUCCAAUCAAUAGUGUGAUAGCUGCUCGCUUCCAGAAACUCCAAGUGCAGCAAAUGAAAGAGAAGGAUGAAAGAGUGAAACUCAUGAGUGAAGUUCUCAACGGCAUCAAGAUAGACAAUAGUUUCAUUGUUUUGAAGGUGCUGAAGUUUUAUGCAUGGGAAGUCCCAUUCCAGGAGCGUAUCAUGGGCAUACGAGAAAGGGAAAUACGCUUGCUUCGGCAAAAUGCGUACUUUUCCUCGAUAACUUCAUUCCUCUGGAAUUGCACUCCGUUUCUGGUAAUCUUUCAGUUCGUCGUGGUCUCAGCGGUAUGCCUGGCAUCUCUUGCUACAUUUGUGCUGAUCGACUCGACCCACGUCCUCGAUGCCUCCACUGUAUUUGUGUCAUUGAGCCUUUUCAGAACUGUGCAGUUUCCUUUGACGUACUUGCCGUAUCUCACGUCUGAGCUGAUUCACUAUUUCCUCUGGCACGGUGCAUUGAUGCUUGAAUAUCAAGUUUAUCGGAAGCGGUCUUCUUUGCAGACCAUUGUGUCCGUCAAGAGGAUAAAUAAGUUCAACUUACAAGCAUGUGCCGCUUUGAUCGAAAAUGGAACAUUCACCUGGGCCAAGGAUGAGCCGCCUGUCCUUACGGACCUUCACAUGGAAAUCCCAAUGGGGAAGUUGGUUGCAGUAGUUGGACAAGUUGGUUCCGGAAAAUCCUCUCUGCUUUCAGCCUUCCUUGGUGACAUGGAGAAGGUUUCGGGCCUCGUACACGUCAAGGGGGAGGUGGCGUAUGUCCCUCAAGAAGCCUGGAUCCGCAAUGCAACAUUGAAGAGCAAUGUUUUGUUUGGGAAAACAUGCGAUGAGACAAUUUACAAGGAGAUUCUUAAAGCCUUGUCACUUCGGAUCGGCAUUAAUCUGAGUGGAGGACAGAAGCAGCGAGUGAGUCUCGCCAGGGCAGUCUACAGCGAUGCGGAUGUUUACCUCAUGGAUGACCCUCUCAGUGCUGUUGACAGUCACGUAGGAAAGCACCUCUUCCAACAAGUUAUUGGACCUGAGGGACUACUCAAUAGCAAAACACGAGUGCUUGUGACACACGGAAUUACCUACCUGCCGCAAACUGACCUAAUCAUAAUGAUGAAAGAUGGUAAAAUAAUAGAGGCAGGGGGAUAUCGGCAUUUCUCUCUCAAGAGGAAGGAGAAGAUUCAGGUCUUCUUAAGUAUCAUUGUCCGUCUUCCAAUCAUGGCUGUCUUGCCAAAAAAAGUUCCCUGCCAUUGUGCAGAAGACGAGUUGGAGGAAAUGAAACACGUAGUCGAGAUCGUCACGGGGGAGAAAAUAAUAGUCCGACGAAGAUCAAGACAUCAGUCAAAAGUUUCUGAGAGUGAACGUGGAAAAUCAGUACCUGAUAGUGAGAUUCCAAAAGAAGAAGACAGAACAUUACAUCCUAAUGGUGAAGGACGCCUCAUUGAGGAUGAAACGACAGAAAAAGGAAGGGUGAAGUGGUCGGUGUACCUGUACUUACUGAAGAGCAUGGGCCUGUAUCCGUCUUUGGUCAUGAUCCUCAUGUAUGGCAUAAGUCGGGGACUUCUGGUCGGUUCAAAUUUGUGGCUAUCCAGAUGGUCCGAUCAGGCCUCUCAGAAUGGUACAGUCAACGACUCAGAAAGGUACAAAUAUCUUGGAGUCUACACAGCACUUGGACUCUCCCACGUCGUCAUCAUAGCUGGUGUGUUUGCCCUGGCCGCCUUGAUGAUUUGGAUAUUGGUUUGUGAGGCUGGGUGGAAACUUCAUGCCAAUUGCCUCCGAAACGUCAUGAGAAACUCUCAAAAAUUCUUCGAUACGAAUCCCGUCGGAAGAAUUCUUAAUCGAUUUUCGCAGGAUGUUUCAAGCGUGGACGAAGGCAUUGCUCUAUUCUUUGAAGACGUCCUCAUCUGUGCCUUUGAGGUCGUUGGCGCCCUAGUGAUCAAUAUAUACGCUGCUCCAUGGUUCCUUGCUGCCAUCGGCCCUAUCAUCAUUGUGUACUAUUUUGUGCAGAACAUGUACGUCUCAACAUCAAGGCAACUGAAAAGGCUCGAAUCUGUAUCGCGAUCCCCUAUCUACUCACAUUUUGGAGAGACUGUGAAUGGAAUCUCCUCCAUCCGAGCAUACAGGAGAGAGGAACAGUUCAUCAGAGAAUCCGCGGAUGCAGUCGACCGUAAUAAUCAAUGUCAAUAUCCUGAAGUCACUGCGUCUAGCUGGUUGAGAGUCCGACUUGAAGUACUUGCAGGCGUUAUAACAUUCAUAGCCUCCCUUCUUGCUGUGUUUGGAAGGGGAUCCUUGACCCCUGCCAUGGCUGGUUUGUCCAUCUCCUACGCUAUGUCUGUUUCGAGAACUUUCAAUUGGUUGGCGCGCAAUGUGGCUGUGGUAGAAACAAACAUUGUGUCGGUGGAGAGAAUCAAAGAAUACUCUGAGACACCAACUGAGGCCGCAUGGGAAAUCCCAGAAAAGAAGCCUAAGGAAGACUGGCCUCAAGAAGGAAAUAUUUCCUUCAGAGGUUACCAGACUAGAUACCGAGAAGGUUUGGAACUUGUUCUAAGAGGAAUCUCCAUGGAUGUCAAAGGAGGAGAAAAGGUGGGUCUUGUGGGCAGAACAGGAGCUGGGAAGUCUUCACUCAUGCUGGGGCUUUUCCGUAUCAUUGAAAAGGCCGGUGGGAAAAUCAUAAUUGAUGGCAUCGAUAUCAGUGAAAUCGGACUCCAUGACCUACGUUCAAAACUUACAAUAAUCCCUCAGGACCCAGUUCUGUUUUCGGGGAGCCUGCGCACAAACCUGGAUCCUUUUGAGAAGCAUAAAGAUGAGGAAUUAUGGAGGGCACUGGAGUUGUCUCACCUCAAAACCUUUGUCAAGGGACUUCCACAGGGACUUCAACAUCCUAACACGAUUCGGAAGGAGUUCAAGACCUGCACGGUUCUCACUAUUGCACAUCGUAUCAACACCAUCAUGGACUAUGAUAGGGUGGUCGUCUUGGAUGGGGGAGAAAUCAAGGAAUUUGACUCGCCGACGAAUCUCCUUCGAGAUUCAAGGUCUAUGUUCGCAGCCCUAACAAGAGAUGCAGGCAUCAAUCAGGCUCAAUGAAACAUAGAAGCUCUGCAUCAAAAUAAAUGUUGUUAUGAC